CCUCAAUCAACAUCGAGAGAUAUCAUCAAUCAAUCAUCAAGAAUUCACAACUUCUUCUUCUUCUUCAAUUCUUCUUGCACAUUUUCGUAAUUUCAUCACAUCAAUUCUACAUCAAGAAAUGGAUAAGGUUACGAAAAUGGCGUCGGAGAAGCCGGUCGUGAUCUUCAGCAAGAGCAGCUGCUGCAUGAGCCAUACGAUCCGGUCACUUUUCAGCGAUUUUGGGGUCAAUCCAACGGUGUACGAGCUCGACGAAAUCCCGAGGGGUUGGGAAAUCGAGCAGGUGUUGGCUCGGAUGGGUUGCAAUCCGACGGUGCCGGCGGUGUUCAUCGGCGGGGAAUUUGUCGGAGGGGCUAAUGAAAUUAUGAGUCAUCACCUCAAUCGAUCACUCAAACCGAUGCUCAAAAGAGCCGGCGCCAUCUGGGUUUGAAGGCGCCGGCCCGAUAUCUCGAUUUACGUCAAUAAAAAAAUAUUAAAAAAAAAAAUUAAAUGUGUUUGAGUCGAAUCGAAUCGAAUCGAGUAAUUAAUGUUUUAAAUUUAGAGUUUUGUGGACUCACUUUUCCUAAUUAUAUUAGGAAUAGUAUGUUGAAUAAUAAUAUUGUGAUGUGUAUUUUGUACUUAUUUUGAUAAUUAAUACUAUAAUUAAUUAAUGUUUUAUAUUA